AAUUUGUCUUGUAGAUAAGUACUAGUGCUAUCUUAUUACUAUCACUUUGUCUCUACAUUUUCUUGAUUCAUUCUACUUAAAUCUCACUUUCACUUUAUAUAUUUUUUCCUUUCUUCAGCUUUUUUCUCUCUGCUCUUCCUUCCAUGCUUGUCCAAACCCUAGAUCUGUCCCCCUCUUAGGUAACCUCAACAACCUUUGCUCUCUAUAACUCACACAAACACACACACACAUUACACAACACAAAAACACAUUUUUCUUUGUCUUAAAAAUGAGCCAACUGUAUGUCUUCUUUGGUAGUAUAAUGAGAUGUUUUUGAAGUAUUGAAUUUGAAAGUGAAAAGGCUGAAUCUUGGUGCAGCUUUUUGAGUGCAAGUGAAAAAAGGGGAAAGUGGGGGUGGGCAAAAUUUGGUAAAAAAAGAUUUUCCUGGAGAUGAGUGGCACCUCUACAUCAGUGGUGGGGGGUGGAGGAGGGGGUGAGGUGGGUAUGGGGUAUGGUUACAGGCCACCAUUCACAGCUGUGCAAUGGCAAGAACUGGAGCAUCAAGCAAUGAUAUAUAAGUAUCUGGUGGCAGGUUUACCUGUGCCACCUGACCUUGUUCUUCCUAUUCGUAGAAGCUUUGAAGCCAUCUCAGCUAGGUUCUUUCAUCAUCCAAGCUUGGGCUAUUGUUCCUAUUAUGGGAAGAAGUUUGACCCUGAGCCAGGAAGGUGUAGAAGGACUGAUGGAAAGAAGUGGAGAUGCUCGAAAGAUGCAUAUCCUGACUCCAAAUAUUGCGAGCGGCACAUGCAUCGAGGCCGCAACCGUUCAAGAAAGCCUGUGGAAUCUCAAUCUACUUCCCAGUCCUUGUCGACUAGUAUGUCACAAAUUACCACUGGGAACAGCACUACAAGAGGAAGUUUCCAAAAUAGCAGCUGCGGAAGCUUUCAAAACAUGCCUUUAUAUUCUGUUGCUAAUUCAGGAGCACUGAAUUAUGGAAGCACAGCAACGAAGUUGCAGAUGGAGCCCGUCUCCUAUGGAAUAGAUAACAAGGACUAUAGGUAUCUCCAUGGAAUUGCUCCUGAUGAUGAGCAUAAUUUAUCUUCAGAAGCUUCUGCAACUGUCAGAAGUUUAGGGAUGGGGACCAACACAGAGAGCACAUGGGUAUUGCCUUCUCAAGUUUCUUCAAGCCCCAUGGCGAGACCAAAAAAUGAUUCUCAGUUGCUGGGUAGCUCAACAGAAAUGCAUGUACCUAAUCUACUUGAGCCUAUGAUUGAUGCAACAAUUUCAAAGCGACGACACCAGCAUUGCUUCUUUGGCAGUGACAUUGAUUCACCUGGAACAGUAAAGGAGGAGCAGCAGCAUUCGAUGCGCCCUUUCUUUAGCGAAUGGCCCACUGCUAAAGAAUCAUGGUCCAACCUUGACGAUGAGGGAUCCAACAAAAACAAUUUCUCCACUACACAGCUCUCCAUAUCCACAUCUGACUACUCUUCAAGGAGUGCUUGCUCCCCAAAUGAUGCUUGAGGGAGCUGCUGCUGUAAAAACUCCAAGCAGUUUGGUGCGCUAUGCAGAGGAAUAGACAUGCUAGUGCUAACUGGAUAUCUGCUUGUAUGAGCUAUAUGUAAUCUUUAUGUUGCUGGAACAUUGAGUUGUUCCAUGUCUUUGUGGUUGAUUUUCUAAUGUCAACAAUGUUUUAAGAAGAUAAAAACGAGUUGUCUUCAAAUGCUGCUCAUGUUUAUUGUCGAAAAUAAAUGUUUUUUUUUAACAGCAUUCUGCUGGGCUGAGAUGAUUACUCUGUAAGUUUCCAGUUUGAAGACUGACACAAUAUUUGGUUGCAGAUCAUGUGAUUUAAGUUUGCAGAA